UGAGACGAAUGUAUUGUUUUCAAACGGUACAAAGGUUACUUUCUCGUCUGGAAGUGAUCCUGCAUCUCGCGAAGGGUCGAUUCUUCUGUGAAAUCUGCCUCGUCGUCCAAUAUGCGCACAGCUAGGAAGUUGUCUUCAAAACGGGCAACCGAUUUAGUGAAAAGCCUAGCCAAGAGAUGCUAUAGCUCUGCUGGACUUGGUGGCAUAUCAUUUGAAUUCACAGAUGAACAGAAUGAGCUUCAAGAACUAACAAGAAAAUUUGCAAAAGAUGAAAUAAUUCCCAAUGCUGCCCACUUUGACAAAACUGGAGAGUUUCCUUGGGAUAUUGUGAAAAAAGCCCAUGCCCUGGGAUUGAUGAAUGGUCACAUUCCUCAGGAAUAUGGUGGACUAGGUUUGAGUAGCUUUGCUGGCUGCUUAAUUGUGGAGGAACUGUCAUAUGGUUGUUCUGGAAUUCAAACUGCUGUUGAAGGAAACUCUUUGGCGGAAGCCCCCGUAAUUUAUGCUGGAAAUGACGCUCAAAAGAAAAAGUAUCUCGGACGUAUGGUGGAAGAACCCCUGAUGGCGGCAUACUGUGUGACAGAGCCUGUGGCUGGAUCAGAUGUUGCUGGGAUAAAGACAAAGGCAGAGAAAAAAGGAGAUGAAUAUAUUAUCAAUGGUCAAAAGAUGUGGAUUACCAACGGAGGUGUUGCGAACUGGUAUUUUGUUCUCGCGAAAACAGAUCCAAAUGAAAGGCCCGGCAAAGCUUUUACUGGUUUUAUUGUAGAUGCAGACAGUCCAGGCGUCGUAAAAGGUCGCAAGGAAUGGAAUAUGGGACAAAGAGCAUCGGAUACGCGGGGCAUAACCUUCGAAGACGUUCGUGUUCCGAAAGAGAACGUUCUUGGCACUGAAGGCCUCGGUUUCAAAAUUGCGAUGGGCGCGUUCGAUUUUACAAGGCCGCCAGUUGCAGCGGGAGCUGUCGGUGUGGCAAGACGUGCGUUUGAUGAGGCAACAAAGUAUUCCCUCGAGCGGAAGACGAUGGGCAAGUUUAUCGCAGAGCACCAGGCUGUUCAAUUUAUUUUGGCCGACAUGGCCAUCGGGGUUGAGGUUGCAAGGCUCAUAACCCACCGAGCAGCCUGGGAAAUCGACCAGGGAAGACGAAAUACCUACUAUGCAUCGAUCGCAAAAGCAUUCGCAUCAGAUAUUGCAAAUAAGAAUGCAUCUGAUGCCGUUCAAGUGUUUGGUGGAAAUGGGUAUAACUCAGAAUAUCCCGUUGAAAAAUUAAUGCGAGAUGCCAAGAUUUUCCAGAUCUAUGAAGGAACCUCGCAGAUUCAAAGGUUGAUAAUAUCACGAGAACUGCUCGCGGCUGCCAAAAUGAUGCAUUGAGACUUUCGCUUUCCUUGUGAAUUUUACUGUUGAAUUCGGUGUCAUUCAUAUUGAAUUUCUUCAUGUGGACAUAAUUCAUUCAAUUCGACAUAGUUGUGGAA